AACAGGAGAAUUCCUUCAUUAACUGUACUUCUAACUGGGGACUCUUAUAAAACUUAUAAAAGUGUCAAAGGCCUGUACCACUUGUGCAUUCUGCCAUAAGCCUGCCUGGAGGACCUUCAAUAAACGGUGAAAUGUCCCAACGCUCCCAGCUGAGGAAGCCCAGGGAGAUGGACACUGAGCCCUGACUGCCCAGCUCAGGCAGCACCAAGGGUGGGAAACCCAGGAGAGAGGAGCCCUUGCAGCCUCCAUCCCUGCCCAGCAGCCCAGACAAUGGCCCCAGGAGCUCCAAGGGAGGCCGGAGUGUGGAGGCAAACCCGAGCUCUGCUCUUCAAGAAUUGUCUGAUCAAGUGCAGGACCAAGAAGAGCAGUGUGCAGGAGGUGCUUUUCCCUCUGUUUUUCCUCUUCUGGCUGAUCCUGAUGAGCAUGAUGCACCCUCACAGGAAAUAUGAUGAGGAGGUGCUUUUCCCUCUGUUUUUCCUCUUCUGGCUGAUCCUGAUGAGCAUGAUGCACCCUCACAGGAAAUAUGACGAGGUGCCCAACACAGACCUGGGCCCCCUGGACCCCUCGGUGCUGCUGAAUUUUGUCAUUGGCUACACCCCCCCCACGGCCCAGGCUCGGGACAUCAUGAGGAAAGUGGCUUCGGACAACUUUGAGGAUGGCCUCAUCACUGAGGAGUAUUUGAGUGAGGAGGAGCUGGAGCAGGCGAGUUUGCUCAAGCCCUCCAACUUUGUGGGCGUGGUGUUCAAGGACUCCCUGUCCUACCAGCUGCGCUUCCACGACUCCAUCGCCAUGUCCUCCAUCUACACCGAGUCCAGAGCCACGUGCUCCAACCUGCGCAAGAGCUGCGAGUCCGUGACCUACUGGAGCUCGGGGUUCACAGCCCUGCAGGCCUGCAUUGAUGCUGCCAUCAUCCAGCUGAAAACAAAUCAUUCUGUCUGGGAACAGCUGGAUCUGACCAGAGCCAUGGUUAUGGGAGAGGCUGCAGUGGUGGAAAUUGAUAAUUUCCCUCGUGCAAUCAUUUUAAUUUACCUGGUGAUUGCGUUCUCCCCCUUUGGGUAUUAUUUGGCAAUUCACAUCGUGGCAGAAAAGGAGAGGAAGCUGAAGGAGUUCUUGAAAAUUUUGGGACUCCAUGACACUGCCUUCUGGCUGUCCUGGGUGCUGCUCUACGUCAGCCUGAUUUUUGUCAUGUCCAUCCUGAUGGCCGUGAUUGCCACAGCCUCGUCCCUGUUCCCCCAGAGCAGUGCCUUUGUCAUAUUCCUGCUUUUCUUCCUCUAUGGAGUCUCCUCUGUGUUCUUUGCCCUGAUGCUGACCCCUCUGUUUAAGAAGUCCAAGCACGUGGGGAUCGUGGAGUUCUUGGCAACUUUGGUGUUUGGCUUUGUGGGCCUCAACAUCGUCCUGCUGGAGGAUUUCCCCAAAUCCUUCGUGUGGAUCCUCAGCCCUUUGUGUCAGUGCAGCUUCUUGAUUGGUGUUGCACAGGUGAUGCACCUGGAGGAUUAUGAGGAUGGGGCAACAUUUGCAAACAUCAAUGCUGGCCCUUACCCUCUGUGUAUCUCUCUGAUUCUCCUGGUGCUGGACAGCAUUUUUUACCUGCUGCUGGCUGUCUACCUGGACCAGGUGAUCCCAGGUGAGUUUGGCCUGCGCCGCACGCCCUUUUUCUUCAUGAAACCCUCCUUUUGGUCAAAGCGCAGGAAAAACUACAAGGAGCUGUACGAGAGCAGCAUCAACGGCAGCUUGAGCUUCAGUGAGAUUGUGGAGCCUGUGCCUUCAGAAUUCCAGGGCAAGGAAGCCAUCAGAAUCAGCUGUGUUCAGAAAACAUUCAGGAAGAAGGGGGAGACCGUGGAGGCUCUCAGAAAUUUGUCCUUUGACAUCUACGAGGGGCAGAUCACGGCACUGCUGGGCCACAGCGGCACCGGGAAGACGACGCUGAUGAACAUCCUGUGUGGGCUGUGCCCUCCCUCUGAUGGGUUUGUGUCAGUCUAUGGGCACAGGGUGUCUGAGAUCGACGAGAUGCUGGAGGUGCGGCAGAUCGCGGGCGUGUGUCCCCAGGCCGACAUCCACUUCGACAUCUUGACUGUGGAGGAGAACCUCUCCAUCUUUGCUGCCAUCAAGGGCAUCCCUCAGAACGAUUUGAUACAAGAGGUGCAGAAGGUGUUGCUGGAUUUGGAGAUGCAGCCCAUCAGGGACAAUCAAGCCAAAAAAUUAAGUGGGGGGCAGAAGAGGAGGCUGUCAGUGGGAGUUGCUGUUCUUGGGAACCCCAAGGUUUUGCUGCUGGAUGAGCCCACGGCAGGGAUGGAUCCCUGCUCCCGCCACAUCGUCUGGAACCUGCUGAGGAGCAGGAAAGCCAACCGUGUGACAGUGUUCAGCACCCACUUCAUGGACGAGGCUGACAUCCUGGCUGAUCGUAAAGCUGUGAUUUCCCAAGGGAUGCUGAAAUGCCUUGGCUCUUCUCUCUUCCUCAAGAGCAAGUGGGGCAUUGGCUACCGCCUGAGCAUGCACAUUGAUGCCUACUGCAACACAGAGGCCACCACGUCUCUGAUCAGGCAGCACAUCCCUGCAGCCAGCCUGAUCCAGCAGAACGAUGAGCAGCUCGUGUACACCCUCCCUCUCAAGGACAUGGACAAGUUUGCAGCUUUGUUCUCUGACCUGGACACCCAUUCCCACCUGGGGGUCAUCACCUAUGGUGUGUCCAUGACCACGCUGGAGGACGUUUACCUGAAGCUGGAGGUGGAGGCAGAGAUUGACCAAGCAGAUUACAGCGUGUUCCACUCGCAGCAAGCCCAGGAGGAGGUGGACACCAAGUCCCUGGAUGACAUGGAGCAGAGCCUGCUGAUGCUCUCCGAGGCCAAGGCACCAGCCAUGAGCAACUCAGCCCUGUGGAAGAAGCAGGUCUCCACCAUAGCCAAAGUGCACUUCCUCAGCCUGAAACGGGAGAACAAAUGUGUCAGAGUUAUGUUGUUGCUUUUCCUCAUUUUCCUUGUAGUUCAGAUUUUGUUGUUUUUCAUACACCACAUCAUCAAAAAUGCUGUAGCUGCUAUCAAACUCUCCCCAGAUUUGUACUUGCUGAAGCCUGGAGAGAGCAGUCACAAGUACAGGAGUCGGCUCCUGCUGCAGAACUCCACAGAGUCGGAUAUCAGUGACAUUGUGCACUCCCUGGGGAGCAUGAACAUCCUCUGGGAGAUGUUCAAUGACAGUGAUUAUGUCUCAGUGGCACCUCACAGUGCAGCUCUGAACGUGUUUGCCCUCCAGUCCAGGCAGAAUUAUGUUUUCAACAUCAUAUUCAACAGCACCAUGGUGCAUUCCCUGCCAGUUCUGAUGAACAUUGUCAGCAACCUCCUCCUGCGCAGCCUGAAUGUGACUGAGAGCAUCCAGAUCUGGAGCAACCCCUUCAUUCAGGACCUUCCAGACACAAUUUUCAGGCUGGAGAUCUAUUUUGAAGCCGUGUUACUGGGGAUCAUCAUCACUGGGAUGCCACCCUACUUCGCCAUGGACAAUGCAGAAAACCACAAGAUCAAGGCUUACACCCAGCUGAAGAUUGCAGGGCUCUAUCCCUCAGCCUACUGGACUGGCCAGGCUGUGGUGGACCUGCCUCUGUUCUUCCUCAUCCUCAUCCUCAUGAUUGGCAGCCUCUUUGCCUUCCACUACGGUGUUUAUUUCUAUGUGGGCAAGUUCCUGGCUGUGAUUUUUUGCCUGAUUGGUUACGUCCCCUCCGUCGUGCUCUUCACCUACGUGGUCUCCUUCACCUUCAGAAAAGUCCAGAACACGAAGGAAUUUUGGUCAUUUAUAUUUUCAGUGACAGCCCUGCUGUGCACAGUGGUCACUGAGGUGUCCUUUUUCCUGGACCAUUACCUGGUGACCACCAUCCUGCACUAUGUCUUCUCCAUCUUCAUCCCUAUUUAUCCCCUCAUUGGCUGCCUGAUUUGUUUUAUAAAGGUCUCAUGGAAAGGCAAGAGUGAGAGUGGGGGAUUCCACGACCCCUGGGACCGGCUGCUGGUGGCAGUUCUGGCUCCCUACCUGCAGUGUGUGCUGUGGCUGUUCCUGCUGCGCUGCUUCGAGCUCAAGAACGGCGGGAGGACGGUCAGAGAAGAUCCCUUCUUCAGGAAAUGUUUCACCAAAGCCAAGCCCUGGAAGUUCCCAGAUGUGCCUCACGAGGAGAAUGAGGAUGAGGAUGUGAAGGCAGAGAGGCUGAGAGUCAAAGAGAUCCUGAGCAGCCCCAGGAGUGAGGAGAUGCCAGCAAUCCUGGUCAGCAGCCUGCACAAAGAGUUUGAUGAGAGGAAGGAAUUUCUUCUGGGGAGAAAAAUAAAGAAAGUGGCAACCAAACAUGUUUCCCUCUGUGUGAAGAAAGGAGAAAUCCUGGGUUUGUUGGGACCCAAUGGAGCUGGGAAAAGCACAUUAAUUAAUAUGCUUGUUGGAGAGAUUGAGCCAACCAGUGGGCAGGUGCUGAUGGGAGAUGAUUCCUUGGGGCUGAGCAGUGAGGAUGACUCUGUGAAAUUCGUGGGGUACUGUCCCCAGACAAAUCCUCUGUGGCCAGAUAUCACACUGCAGGAGCACUUUGAGAUUUAUGGUGCCAUCAAAGGCAUGAGCCAGGCUGAUGUUAAAGAGGUCAUCAAACGCAUCGCCAGCGUGCUGGAUCUGAAGGACCACCUGCAGAAGACCACAAAGAAGUUGGGCAUGGGGCUGAAACGCAAGCUCUGCUUUGCCCUCAGCAUGCUGGGCAACCCGCGGGUGACGCUGCUGGACGAGCCCUCCACGGGGAUGGACCCCAAGGCCAAGCAGCACAUGUGGAGGGCAAUCCGAGCAGCCUUUAAGAACAAGGAGAGAGCAGCAAUCCUGACCACGCACUACAUGGAGGAGGCAGAUGCUGUCUGUGACCGUGUGGCCAUCCUGGUGUCAGGGCAGCUCAGGUGUAUAGGUACUGUCCAACACCUGAAGAGCAAAUUUGGAAGAGGAUACUUCUUGGAAAUGAAAUUAAGGGAAACAGCAGAUGUGCAGCAGGUGGAGUAUCUGCAGAGCCAGAUUCUGCACAUCUUCCCCAACGCCAACCGCCAGGAGAGUUUUGCUUCCAUCUUGGCGUAUAAAAUUCCCAAAGAAGAUGUACAGUCACUUUCACAUUGUUUUUCCAAGCUGGAGGAAGUAAAACACGCCUUCAACAUCGAGGACUACAGCUUUUCCCAAGCAACACUGGAACAGGUGUUUGUGGAGCUGGCUAAGGAGCAGGAGGAGGAGGACAGCAGCUUUGGCACCCUGAACAGCAGCCUGUGGUGGGAGAGGACACAGGAGGACAGAGUCAUCUUCUGAGCUCCUCGUGCCCCUGUGGGUGCCAGCACCAACCCUCCCUCUGCUCCUGGAGCUGGGCUGGGCAAGGACAGCUGGCUUGGGGAGCCCUGAGCCUGUGCCACCAUCCUGGCCUUGGAAUAGGAGCUGUGACCCCAAAUCCUCCUCCCCUCGCUGCUCCUGGGCUCUGCUGGGCAGGUGGGCAGUGCCACAGCAUCCCCUGGCUCUGCUGGGCAGCAGGGCAGUGCCACAGCAUCUCCUGGAGCUGGUGCCUGUCAAGAGCUCCCUGCCUUCCCCUGGCUCUGCUGGGCUGGAGGGCACUGCCACAGCAUCUCCUGGCUCUGCUGGGCAGCAGGGCAGUGCCACAGCAUCUCCUGGCUCUGCUGGGCAGGAGGGCAGUGCCACAGCAUCCCCUGGCUCUGCUGGGCAGGUGGGCAGUGCCACAGCAUCUCCUGGCUCUGCUGGGCUGGAGGGCAGUGCCACAGCAUCUCCUGGCUCUGCUGGGCAGCAGGGCAGUGCCACAGCAUCUCCUGGCUCUGCUGGGCAGCAGGGCACUGCCACAGCAUCUCCUGGCUCUGCUGGGCAGGAGGGCAGUGCCACAGCAUCCCCUGGCUCUGCUGGGCAGGAGGGCACUGCCACAGCAUCCCCUGGCUCUGCUGGGCAGGAGGGCAGUGCCACAGCAUCCCCCAGAGCUGGUGGCUGGAGCAGCAGCUCCCAGCUGCCCUCCCUUGGCUCUGCUGGCAGCAGGUUGGGCUGUCCUUCAGUCUCUGCCCCAGGGGUUUGCAGGGUCUGGCCGUGCCCAUCCUGGGCUCUCUUGCCCAUCCUGCACACCCAUCCCUGCUCCUCACCAGCCCAGCCACCCCUGCUUCUGCUUUGAAGAUGCUCCUGCUUAGAAGAGAGGGGGGAAAAACCUCUGCAAGGAGGGUCCUGACCUGCAGGGCCAGCUCUGCUUGAGGAUGUUCACCUGCAGAGCAAUCCUGGCACCUGCAGAGCAAUCCUGGCACCUUCCCCUGCAGGCUGGCAGCUCUGGGUGCCCCUGGGGCUUGUCCUGAGUGCUGGGGGGCACAAAGGGUGGGCAGAGUGAUGUGGUUGUGCCCUGUCUCCAUUCAGAGCAGUCUGAUUGUCCCCCCCUGGCUGUGACAAUGUGUGUCCUGCUAGCUGCUGUCACACACAGGGCUUUGGAGAUGGUUGAUUUUCCUUGCCAGUUGUGCAUUCAUGAGCUCCAGUGUUCCCCAGUCUCUCAUUGUUGUGGUUGCAGUCACACAGGGCCUGUUUUGUCACCCAUUUUGUCACCCCUUUGUAAAACCCCAAAUAAAAGGGUCCCAGCUCACAGCCUCACCCAUGAGAAAGGUGCCUUUGGUUUGCCUUGAAGCACUAAAAAGAGUAGAAUAUGUGGUCCUUUAGCCUGAGAUAUGACAGAUGUGUGUUGAAAAUAUAUUAUUUUUUUUGGUUUUUUCUACGCAAAACUAUCAUCACUUUUUUUUUAGUUUUAUAAGGGGAAAUUAAAGAUUGCUCCCAGUUCAUUUUGCUCUGCAAUGAACAGAUACAGAGAUGUGUUUCUAUUGAGACAUUGGCUUAAUAAGUCAUAUCAUUUAUGUAUCUUCACUUUAAAGUUAGAAAAAAACCUUGUUUUUCUUGAGAAAACUAAAAAAAAAAAAGGGUAAAUUUAGAGUUGUGUGUCCCAGCUGUGUGUAAUUAUCAGGCAAUAAUGUGUGUGAUGUGUCUGAUAAUGGUUUAUCAGUGUGUUCAGCCAAAAUCUGUUUCCAUCAGUUUCUUAUCUAGGGAAAUGUGAACUCCUUAUGCAGAAUUUCACUUCCUCUUUCGUACCCAUAGGUUGCACAGAAAUGCACAACUUUGGGUUUUUCCAGUUAAAAUUUGAGCCCAAGCCCUACAGAAAGCCCUGAACAUCCCAGGGAAGCACAGCCCUGCAAAUGAGGGAUUAAAUGGAUUAAAGCAAACUGCAGCUCCAGCACUGCCUGACAGGGGUAAAACUUGUCAGAAAAUAACCAGAAAAUCCCGUAAUUCAGGUGUUGUGCUUAUUUAGGCCCAGCCCUGCUGCUGGCUGGGAGCUCUGAGCUUUUGCCUUUAUUUGGAGCAAUUUGGGACUCAGAAUUCUCUUGGCACUUCCCCAUGCAGGUGUGAACACAAGUUGAGUGCAUUUUUCCCAAAUCCCACAUUUCUUUGGUGUCUUUUUGCCAGUGGUGUUUCAGCCAAGUGUCACCUGCCCAUCAGUCCAGCACAUUCUUGUCACCUGGAUUUAGGGAAUUAGUGUGACCUGUGAGCAGCUUUGGUGUCUGCCUUGAAUUUAUUCUUUCACUUGGAGUUAAUAGUCUGUGAAAUAGUUCUGUGCUGUCUGUUUCAGAUGUUUCCAUAUUUCCUCACAUUUCAGAUGGGAAAACUUUGGAUUGGAAGCCAGAUGAGCUCAGUUUGGUGCUGUUGUUUAUCUUGGAGGAGCCCAGUGGAUGGUGGCACUGGUUUUUUGUGCAGCUCCAGCAAGGACAGAGAAUUUGGCUCAUUUGAUUAAUUCCCUCUUUGGGUGGGAUCUGUUUGGCCCGGUGACAUCAUGUGUUAAAAUGGGGCAAAAUUCCACCCCAAAACAUCACUGUCCUCAUGUCAGAAGCGUUUCAAAGUGUCCUAAAAUGUCUGUAACUGCCAGAAUAGGGAAAAAACAGGCAAAAUUAAACCAGGGAAUGCCCUGGGAACAGCAGAUUUAUUUGUGGCAUUGGAAGCUCUUUGUUCAGCUGUUAUCAGUGCCAUUCCAAAUCCCAUCCAUCCACACACCCAGCCUGUGCUCCCAGAGAUAAACUGGAUUUGGGGGGAUUUGGGGUAAAUCCAGCCCGUUUGGGUCCCCAUUCCCAGGUGAGCUGGUUGGAGCUGCCUUGCAGUGAUGGAUCCAAAGCUUGGAGAACGCCUUCACUUGGUGCUGUUGUGUUUUUCUGUGGAGAGUUUCAGGUGUCUGGUUUCGUUUAGGUUCCCAAGAAAUGUCCUUAUUUAAGAGUAUCUCUGUUCAGCAAGUGAGAUUUGUGGCACAGCCAACACGCAGAGCUGGGGCAGCAGGAGCAGAGGGUGUCAGCCUGAAGGUGACACACGUGGGACACUCCUCCUGCUGCAGCUCCUUUACACACUUGCCUUUCUUCCAGCACUUGGCUGCACUUGUAAAGGUGAGGGUUUUCCUUUCCCAGCUGGAAGUACUUCCAAAAUAAAAACGGAUUGGGUUGUUAAA